UCAGUAAACCGUCAAGUAUUUCACCUUAUUUAUCUAUCCACAUUAAGACAAACGGCUAAAAGAAUGCAUCGUGUAUCACCCGAAUCAUGACUUUCCACUACCCGCGAGCCUGUUGGUCAACACAAUUUUCCAUUUGCUGUCAACUGUUCUCUUCGUAGAUUUUUACCUUGUGACCGAUCUGUGGCGCAUCUCCGGUUUUCCUUCUUGCUUUGGCUCCUUUAUUGUAUUGUCUGUGCUCAAUAUGUCCAUAGGAAGUGGUUAUAAUUAUUCAUACAUCUUUAAGUACAUUAUUGUGGGUGAUAUGGGAGUCGGGAAAAGUUGUUUGAUGCACCAGUUUACGGAGAAAAAAUUUAUCCCCGAUUGCCCACAUACUAUCGGGGUAGAGUUUGCCACAAAAAUAAUAGAGUUGGACGACCAAAAAAUUAAAUUACAGAUUUGGGAUACUGCUGGCCAAGAACGUUUCCGCGCGGUUACCAGGUCCUACUAUCGAGGAGCCGCGGGCGCCCUUUUGGUGUACGACAUCACUCGGAAGUCAACAUUCAAUCAGAUCAACACCUGGUUAACUGAUGCCCGACGUCUUACUUGCCAUAACACGGUUGUUUUCCUAAUAGGAAAUAAAGCGGAUCUUGAAGAGCAGCGGGACGUUAGUUAUGAGGAUGCGAAACAAUUCGCCGCCGAACAUGAUCUUAUGUUCCUUGAAUGCAGUGCGAAAUCGGGCGCAAACGUAGACGAUGUGUUCAUCGAAACUGCUCGGAAAAUAUACCAGAAUGUUCAGGGCGGCAAGUAAGUAUUUGCUUUUUGUAUGUCUCUAGCUUCCUAUGUCCUUCACUACACUACUAAGAAUGAUCUCAGGUUAGGUGUAUCCGCUUCCAGCGCUGCAUCCCACGGCCGACUACGCAUAUGUUUGCGCGCGUGGUAGCCCAUCCAUCACACAACGAGUGCCGCGAAAUAACCCCUCCAAUGAUCUCAGCUGCUUUACUUAUUAACCUAUCCAAUUGGCAGCCAAGUGCUCUGGAGCAGUCCCACUGUCGGUUGUGUUGUGUUACAUAUAACCCAUCAAUACCUUGCGAUCGAGUCCAAACCACUACGUUUUACUGCACUAGGCAACAGCUUACAGAUAAUAAACCGGUUAGUUUCAACUGGUGAAUAAUCCCUGUGACACUCAUGAGAAGCCAGUAUAGUAAACAAGCUCGUUUUCGGUGAUUCAUCGUCAGGCUAAAACACAUUUAAAUAGCUGACAUUGAACAGGUUAAAGCACGUAUUAAGAAUGUGGUAGAAAAUUGACGUGACAGCUGUGUUUCGACUUGUUCACACGAUUGUUACCGUCACAUCAAGCGUUGGGUGCACGACAGACGGCCAGUGGAGAGCCAGAGUCCUCACAACGAUGUUUAAAUUGCUCAAGGGAACUAAUUGUUUCAAAUUCCUCACAAAUUGUUUGUGCACACAUAGAGAGGGAGUGGUUAAGACGGAUGGCGAUCGCCUCUGCCAUUGCAAGUAUGCGGCACUUGAUCAGUUUGGAGCGACUCCCCUCACGCGAUAGAUCGGGCGGAAAGCCUUUGUGAUGACAACCGAGUGAUUAGUAUCGGCCAUGUGUUCGACAAUCGCAGUGGUGCAGGUUAUGUUUACCCCCGACCCAACUACGCUGGGUGAUGCUCUUUCACACGUUCGGCUAAACGUCUUGUGGUGCGGCCUAUGUAACUUGUUCCACAGGAGCAAGCAAAUUGUUAUACUCCAAAGGUGGCAUCCACAGACAAUCUAUCCUUCAGUUGUAGAGUUAGCACCGGUGUAGAGGCGAAGAAUAUUCGUAGCUGACCCGCGAAGUACGGGUUCCUUUUGAGUUUUCUGCUAAAAAGGGUGUUUGUGUUCUCGCCUAUGAAACGCAAUAAUAGGUAAACAUUUGCGUACUUAGCCUGUUGAUGAAUCAACGAAAACCGGUUAAUGAUUACUUAUUCAUGAAAUUCAAAAUAGUCUUCUUUAAUUUGGAAAACAUGGUGACAAGACGAUAUGUGGCAGCUGCGGAGCUUCGCUUCUUCCCAGUCGACAAGUUCAUAUCCAACCACGCGGACAACCCAAAUUCAUCCGGCUUCUAUUCGGUGCCCUCGAUCCUUGCUAAGACUGGCUCAACUUGACGUACGCAUUUUGCUACAAAUCGGUCAACAGACAGCACUUUCCCAAACAUUAGAGACCCUAUCGAUCGGUAUCUGAUGCUUAUCGGAGAUUCACAUGUAUGUCUCGAGCUGUUUGCUCACUCUACGAUCCCCUUCAUGGGACACUGGCUGGGUUUUAUCACUACUUCUAUUCGGAGAUAAUGCAACUUCAAGUGGCCGUCAUCCCGGUAUGGACGUUGCACUGUGCCCCAAGAUUGAAUCUUCUCUGGUAGACUAGUUCCCAGCCAGUAGCUGGAUGGAUAUGCGCCAUCUGAUUGGUUUGGUCAUUCAAACCUUCGAAGUCGCGUGAGGCCAAUAGGUGUCUGUUUGUCAUUCCACUGACUUUGUAGAAGAUGUCUUCUAUCGUCAACUGAAUAAGCUCUUUUUUCCUUGGUUUAGUUUUGGCUGGUGAUCUGAACAUGCAGUUUUGCAAAUUAGCCGCUGAUAAGCUACCUAUGGGCGGCCAACACUGUCUUGGCUCCCGUAAUGAUUACAGUAAGUGGUUGUUAAACCUUUCUCGCAAACACUAACUUCUUACACAGCACUCGCAGAAGGUUGCUGCAGCGUUCACCAGCAAUGGACACAAAUCGACUACAUCACGAUCCGUUACCUCUGGAGAGGCUGCGCCCACAACUAUCACUCGAUUUGGAGCAGAUGUUUGGGCACCGACGGGUGCAUUAUGCAGACUCCGGUGGCGCGGCUGUGGGCGCAUAGACACGUGUAGGUUUUCGAUGCCCGAUGCUCUGUAUGUCUAUCAAAGUGCGCUGGCUGGUGCGUUGUCUUGUUGUAUCAUUUAGAGAGGGACAAGGGACGCAAUACGUGAAUUGCACCAUUUUUGAAAUAUAGAGAUCUAAUAUACUCUGUAUGUACCUGUAGCGUGCGUCCUGUGAGAUGAGAUUUAAACUAUGGUUGCAAAGGAUCGUUACUUCCGAAACUUUAACCUUCCCAAGCGACUGUCAUGUGGCAAUCUGUCAAACGCCUUCUGCAUUUUAAUAAAGAGAAUAAUGGCUGCUAUGUCAUUGUUAAUAGAGCUUGUCAACUCAUUUAGAAAUGUGAGCUAACUGGCUUGGUACGAGCUUUUCUGCAAGAACUUAUGUUGGGCUGGGUUCAUCAAAUUCUGUAUUUUACAAGCGCUUUAACCGUUUUCUCUCACAAUUAUUUCCAUUAUUUUUGAGGAAGUCGCUGUGUGGCUUCUUGUCUAUAGGCUCUAUAAUAGCGAGCUUCCGUUAACUCAUGAAUGCCCCUAACUUUAUAGAUCGGGUAGACAUAUACAAAUGUAUAAUGUACCUUGUCCCCCAAACGGUAUUAGGGAUGUUAGAAAACUGUCCUUUUUAGGAUGACACGAAAACCUUAACUGCUCAAUGUAGGCGCGGAUGUCGCCACAGGCGAAUCGCGGUGUGCUCAGUUUGGUGCUAUCAACAGACACACUUAGUGUGCUGCGUGAAGGAAUAAGAGAAUUGCAAACGAGUUCAUUCAUGAUGUUCUCUGUUGUGAUACGGUCUCUCGUCAUGGAUCUGUCGGAUAGUACGAUGCAGAGGCACCAGCUCAGCUAUUGUGCCGCAAUACAUCAGG